AAUACUAGGAAAUUGGAAACUAAGACAAAACAGAACGCAACAUACAAAAACAGAGGAAAAACAGGGCAGAAAACAGAGUAUUCACUCAACUCAUCAAAGCCUCGAUCAAUAAUGGCGUCUAGGAAGAGUUUCCUUUCAAGAAAGAACUUCAUCUUUCCAGAAACCCAAGAUUUAGAAAUCCAUUCGAAUCCAAAAUCAUCAGAGGGUGAGGAAUUGGAGCUGGAUGAAGCUGAAAUGUGGAACUUGUCAUUGACUGCAGAGACUGCAAAGAAGGUGGUGCCUGCAGGUUCACGAUCAGCUCUGAAGAGAGGUUCCAGAAAGGUGGAUUCCGGUGGAAAAUCGAACCCCGCGGUGGUUUCAUCAUCUUUGCCGGUGAAUAUACCCGAUUGGUCGAAGAUUCUGAAGCAGGGGCACAAAGAAAACAGGGGAAUUGAUGAAUAUGCUGUUGGUGAUGAUCAAGAUGGAGGGUCUCAGUUACCUCCUCAUGAGUAUCUUGCGAGGGCCAGGGGGGCUUCGUUUUCAGUGCAUGAAGGAAAAGGAAGGACCCUCAAAGGUAGAGAUUUGCGUAGUGUUAGGAAUGCGAUUUGGAAGAAAGUGGGGUUUGAAGAUUGAUUUCAAAAUUGAAACCUUGAAUAGCAUAGAGCCAUAGACAUGAUAGUAUAGUACUAUAGUAUGAGUAAUGUCAUAGAGAUAAGGAUCUGAUUCCAUGGUUUUUUUCUGUUUUGGAAAUUUUGGUCUAGGUGAUUGAUCUGUCUAAGGAUAAUGAUUGACUUCUAGCUACCUCUAUUUGGGAAGAUUCAUAUUUCAUAGAAAUCAAACUGGACUUUGAAA